AUGAAACCCUUAUUAGAAACAACGAGGGCACUUUCUCGAAGUAAGUUUAUAUCACCCAUUUAUAAAAUUACACCCAAGCGCCCCUUCUCGAGAAGAUUAAUCUCAACGACAAGAUCAAUCAAAAAUGUCCAGAAGAAAAAUCUUCCUCCAAUCCCCAAACCAUCUGCAGCAUUAAUCAAAACCAACGCACAGCCUUUCUACAAAAGGACAAUCAAAUCAAUACUAAAAUUUACCGCUAUCUCAACUCUCUUAGCAACAACCUACUUAACGUACUCAGUAUAUACGGAAUUCCAUCCCAAGAAACAAAUCCCACAAGCAGACAAAUUCGCAAACGGUGCACCUAAAAAGACAACAAUAAUAUUAGGAUCAGGUUGGGGUGCUGUCUCUCUUUUGAAAAAUUUAGAUACCACAUUAUAUAACGUUAUCGUUAUUUCUCCAAGGAAUUAUUUCCUUUUCACUCCAUUCUUACCUUCCACUCCUGUCGGGACCAUCGAUUUGAAAUCAAUCGUGGAACCUGUAAGGUCCAUCGCGAGAAGAUCUAAAGGUGAAGUUAUUUACGUCGAAGGUGAAGCUGUAAACAUUGAUCCUAAGAAUCAAACUGUUUCAGUAAAGGAAAUUUCAUCAUUGAAUGAUGAAGACGAUGAGGAACGGAUCAGAAAAUUGGAUUUGAAAUUCGAUUAUUUGGUCGUCGCUGUAGGUUCACAACCUACUACCUUUGGUGUCCCUGGUGUAUUAGAGCAUGGAUCAUUUUUGAAAGAAAUCUCGGAUGCAAGAGAUAUUAGAUUGAAAAUUUUAAAUAAUAUUGAAGUAGCUAAUAAUUUACCAAAGGAUGAUCCAUUGAGAGCUAAAUUGUUGAAAUUCGUUGUUGUCGGUGGUGGGCCAACUGGUGUGGAAUUUGCUGCUGAAUUAAAAGAUUAUGUUAGUGAAGAUUUAGCAGCCGCUAUGCCAGAAAUUAGUAAAGAAAUUAAAUUGACUUUAAUUGAAGGUGCUCCAAAUAUCUUAAAUAGUUUCAAUAAGUCUUUGGUUGAGUAUGCUCAAGAUGUAUUUGCUAAAAGUAGAAUUGAAUUAAAAUUGAAAACGCAAGUGAAAGAGGUUACAAAGGAUUAUAUUUUGGCAAAGAAUGGUGGCGGUGAAAUAGAAGAAAUUCCAUACGGUGUAUUGGUUUGGGCAACUGGGAAUGCUCCAAGAGACGUUACUAAGAAAUUGAUGACAUCGUUACCUGAACAACAAAAUUCAAGACGUGGCCUAUUAAUUAAUGACAAGUUACAAUUAUUAGGUGCUGAAGGUUCAAUAUAUGCCAUUGGUGAUUGUACAUUCCAUCCUGGAUUGUUCCCUACGGCACAAGUAGCACACCAAGAAGCUGUAUAUUUAGCAGAUGUUUUCACCAAAUUGAACAAGAUUGAUCAACUGAAUUGGAAAGUUCAAGGGGAAAAACAACACGAAAUGACAUCAAAGAACGAUAUUAAACCAUUGACAAAGAAUGUACAAAAGUUACCAUCAACCAUUGAAGAUUUCAAAUAUAAUCACUUAGGUGCAUUGGCGUAUAUUGGUUCAGAAAAGGCUAUUGCAGAUCUUUCCCUAGGUUCUUCAAAAUACUACUCAACUGGUUCUUUCACAUUCUUAUUUUACAAAUCUGCUUAUUUGGCAAUGUGCCUAUCAUUUAGGAACAGGAUACUGGUAGCUCUAGAUUGGCUGAAAGUAUCUCUACUCGGUAGAGAUUCGUCAAUUUGA